UACCGUUCUUAAUGAAAAUCAACAUGCCCUUGUCACAUUAUUUCGCGAUACAAAACAACGUAUAAUUGAAACUUGUACUGAAAAAUAAUUAAUCGAAUUCCAAAAAUGCCAGUUGUCAACGUUGGAAGGGAGAGUUUCUUUCACGGAAAGUCUUUGUAUCAGAUCGCUCGAAAGCUUAAAAAUUUUGGACAAGGACGUAUUGUCAUCAGAAAGAAGUUCGAAAGAUAUGAAGAACCAUCAUUCUACCGUUUGACUAAAGUCAUUCCAGACUUGAAUGCCAAGGGCUACAACAAAGGUGUUGCUUUUGGGGAGAAGAUAUUCCGUGGAAAGAACAUGGGGGAGUGUAAGAUAGAUGCAGGCAAUAAGCUGGACUGGGUGCUCGUACCAAGGGAUCAGGAGCAGACCAUUCUAGACUCAGUGAAGAAGGUGUAUCCAGAGACUGUGAAAGUCGUUCCUGCUGCAGUUCCCAUUCCGCCAACCAUGCAAUUGUUUGUGUCUCAGGAACUGGCAGCUUAUGGCUUUAAAGUGGAAACAGACUUUUUUGUUACAAGGAGAAAGAUCGCCUUUUCAAAGUUUAAUAAUAGUAAACUUGAUAAAGGCAGAGUCCCUGUACCAGAAAUGUACCAGAAAGCUAAGAAUUCAUUACCUACUCAGGAAACUAAAACAUAAAUAUUUAAAGCAUGAUUUCAAAAUGUUAGAUUUUAACAAAUGUACAUGUAUACAAAUAAAAAAAUAAACUAAGUACAAUAAAUAUGCACAUAUAAAUUUCUCCAGUUUUAUCUCAGUUACAGCUGUUUUUCCCCUUGAUGCAAAUUAUAGGGGGGGGGGGAGAUAUAUUUGAUGUCUGUCUCUGUCCAUCCAUAGAUCCGCUUUUCUUUCAGUGCAGGCAAAUUUGUCCAAAAAAAGUUCUCCUACACUACAAGCAUGCAUGGCUAAUGAUUGAUAAGAAGCCGUAUGUUUUUUUUAUCAUCCUAUGUAAACAAACAUAAUGCCCCUUUUCUAGGCCAUUUGAAGAAUGGGGAGUAUUAUGGGAACACAUAAGCAUUAUAUUAAGGCUAAGUUCUAUAACCAGCGUAAUCACUUAAAACACCUCUGAAUACAGGUAAUAGUCCUUGAAUUAUAAGAAAUUACCAGAUUAUCUUGUCUGCUUUCUAUCUCAAAGAGAUAAUCAUACAACUUGGUGAUCACUUUUGACCUUUCAAUUGUCAUCAAUGGAGUCGUUUUCUGAGAAAACUGGGCUUAAUGCAUGUGUGUAAAGUGUUGUCCCAGAUUAGCCUGUGCAGUCUGCACAGGCUGAUCAGGGACGACACUUUCUGCUUAAAUUGGAAUUUUGCUAAGAAGAGACUUCAUUUAAAUGAAAAAUGUCAUAAAAGCCGAAAGUGUUGUUCCUGAUUAGCCUGUGCAGACUGCACAGGCUAAUCUGGGACGUCACUUUACGCACAUGCAUUACGCCCAAUUUUCUCAGAACACGACUCAAUGGACAUAGUUUGUGAAAAGUAAGAACUCUUGUUAAACUUUAGGAAUUCGUCUGAUCUAACAAGAGAGGUAACACGGGUAAAUGUAUACAAUUGUACCUUUAUUUAUCUUGAUUGAGAUCUGGGUGCUUUUAUUAGCAAUGGGCUAUUUGCAUAUGACCACAUGCAUUUGUAAUGGUUAUUUAUUAUAUUAAAAAAGCUUACAGAAAUAACAGAACUGUGAAAGAAAAAAAUGUGAGUCCAUUUACAAUUGUUUUAAAUUGCUUCAAUCAAUAUAAAUAAAUGCUAAUAUUGAGAUUUGCUUCAAAUGAACAUCCAAAUUUGCUCAAUUCCUUUUUCAGCCUCAUAGCCAUCAUUCUCGUUUAGCUAAAUAUAACAUUUUGUUAUAUAUUAUUUACAAUGCAUUUCUUAGAAUUGGAGGCAAUGCAUGAAAACUGUUUUACUUUCUUAUCUGACGUCCUGAUUGAUUAAUCUUUGCCACUGAUUUUUCAUUAUGUGUAGUUUUUGUGCUUGAAAUACAGUAGGCAAGGUAGCAACCAUUGGAUUUCACGUGUUUUGAAUUGUUGCUAAAUUUAAUAUACAGCUUAAGUCUUGAAAUUUUUAUGGAUCAAUUGUCAAUUGUUAAUAAAGAUAUUUAUUGUAA